AUGGCCAAAUCAACUGGAUCAAAGUCCGCGGCAAUGUCCGCAGAGCCUCGGCCGGAAAACAUCUUCCUCUUUAUCCCCAAUUUGAUUGGCUAUGCUCGUGUGGUACUUGCUGGUGCCUCCCUCUACUACAUGUCCUACCACCCCCACUAUUGUACCAUCCUCUACUCAAUCUCCUGUCUCCUCGAUGCCCUCGAUGGCUAUGCUGCCCGCAAGUACAAUCAAUCUACCAAGUUUGGUGCUGUGCUGGACAUGGUCACCGACAGAUGUACGACGAGCUGCUUGCUUUGCUUCCUGUCCUCGGCGUAUCCAAAAUGGGCCAUCCUGUUCCAGUCUCUGAUCAGUUUGGACUUGGCGAGUCAUUACAUGCAUAUGUAUGCAUCACUCGAUCGCGGUGCCGGCUCACACAAGAAAGUUGAGAAAACACGCUCUCGUAUUUUGAACCUUUAUUACUCCAAUAAUAAAGUCUUAUUCAUUUUUUGCGCAGCGAAUGAGGUCUUCUUUCUCGCCAUGUAUCUCCUUAGCUUCCCCCAGUUCAUGACGAUUCACUCAUGGCCGUGGGUCGUUGCGGCGAUUACCUUCCCAGUUUGCGCCGCAAAGCAAAUCGUUAAUGUUGUGCAGCUGGUCAAGGCAGCUGUUUCGCUGGCCGAAGGUGAUUUGGAGGCACGCAACAAGAAGCAGUAA